AUGUCUGCGGACGAUUACAAAGAUAUUUGCCGGGACGGCUUUGUCUACGGACUUGGCCGCUUCCAAGCAAAGCCCGGCUCGAUGGAUCGAAUCGAAGGUUAUCGCGUUCGAAGCAUGUUUUUACCAAAACUGUCACGCGAAGGGCAGAAGGUAUUCAGGGAUGCAUUGGUUGCGAUUUCCACUGGAGCAAACUCGGCGAAACCAGCAACGAAACCAGCACCGCAGAUCAACAGAAGACAAGCACCACCCCGAAAAAGAAGGAAGACCACACGUAAACGGCGUCGCGUGCCUGAUGACGCCUCAGAAGCCGCGACCCACGAUACGGAUCAGCCCCCGGCCACGGCUGCAGUUUCGUCCGGUGCCAGUUGA